CCAGAUGUCAGCUUAACCGCAGGUUCAGGAACAGCUGAACGGCAUCAAAUCGCCAUAGCCAUUUUUUCCAUGCACUCUGACUUUUUCUUCUUCAUUUGUCAAUCACGCUGAAUAAUUUUCUCAUUAUCGCGGUGCACUAGACUUCAAGUCUUCGAAUCACAGGUGGCUGUAAUCUCACUGGAAAGUGGAAGAAAUAUGUCGUUCAAAAAGUUACAAGCAAGCGAUGUCAGGAAGGCUCUGUCAUCUGAGGAGGAGCAAGCCAAGAUCAAUGAAAUCAGAAAGUUGAUUGGUCCUGUAGCAAAUAAAUUUCCAACUCUAUGUUCCGACGCAUCAAUAUUAAGAUUUCUCAGGGCAAGGAACUGGAAUACAAAGAAAGCAAGCAAGAUGCUGAAAGAGGCCCUUAAAUGGUGGCUGGAAUACAAGCCAGAGAAGAUCCGAUGGGAGGAUAUUGCUCAUGAAGCUGAGACAGGGAAAAUCUACAGAGCUAAUUAUCUUGACAAGUUCGGAAGGUCUGUACUCGUCAUGAGACCUGGAUUCCAGAAUACACAAGCUGUUGAAGGGCAAAUUAAGUACUUGGUAUAUUGCAUGGAGAAUGCUAUUUGGAAUCUGAAUCCAGGACAGGAGCAGAUGGUAUGGUUAAUUGACUUUCAAGGGUGGAACAUGGGUUGCUUAUCAGUGAAGGUAACUCGAGAAACAGCUCGCGUGUUGCAGGAUCGUUACCCAGAGAGGCUUGGUCUUGCGAUCCUCUACAAUCCACCAAAAGUCUUUGAGUCCUUUUGGUUGUUGGUGAAACCAUUUCUUGAGCAUAAGACGUACAAAAAAGUAAAGUUUGUUUACUCAGACCAGCCUCAGAGUUUGAAGAUAAUGGAAGCUCUCUUCGAAAUGGACAAGCUGGAGUCUGCCUUCGGUGGGAAAAGUACCGAAAAUUUCAGCUAUCAAGCUUAUGCAAAACGCAUGAAGGAAGAAGAGAAAAAGAUGUGUGAUGCAAGUGAUGCAUCAAACUCCGAUCAAAUGAGUGUCAUGUCUGAGUUACAGCAAUCCGAAUCAUCAAUCUCAGACGUUGGUUCUAAUGCCUCGGAUGAAGGUGAUUCUACAUGUAACGACGAAACAAUAUCUAACUUGGACUGUCUGGAUGCGAUUGAGCAUUUGCAGCUCGACUGCAGGAAGGAAAAUGACGAUAAAAACACUGUGAAGAACUAAAUUAAGAAAAGAUGGGUGGUUUUCUUGUCAUUGGUGCAUUGCUAGUGAAGAUGACUUAGCUGUAAUCCUCAGUCGAGAUUACCUACAUAAUCUUUAUAGUGUACAUUUCAAGUGACAGGUAUAGACAUCUAAUGGUCAAGUGAAAUUUCUCUGGGCCUCUUGGUAUCCUGCAAAAUAUAGGACCAUGGGGGAAACAAGUGGUGAAAUUCAUUUUUUUCUUCUAUAACAUUCCUAUGUAAGGGUUAUAUUUUCCUGGGUCCUUUUUUUUUUCAA